GAUCUACAUACAUUGCAUAUUGCGAAGAUUGUUGUCCAUUGUCGAAGGCCGUAUCGUAUCUAGCCAAUAUGCAUCUCAUUAAAAGUACCAGUCUACCAGUUCAAAUAUAUCGUUUCUGUGAUAAACUCCGGUUUGUGACUCGAUAUUCAACAGCAACAGCAACUUCACAUUCAACAAUUCAUGAAGAAGAUAUCAAACCAUUUCAUCAAAUUCCUGGACCAAAAGGGCUGUAUACUGUCCCUUAUCUAGGACCAGCCUUACAGUUUAAACCGUUUAGCCCUUACACCAUAAAUGACAUCACAACUGUGAUUGAUAAUCUUAAGAACAAAUAUGGCGAUAUUAUGCGACUACGCAUGGGGAAAGACUUUGUUGUGUAUAUAUCACAUCCUGACUUGGCUAAAACCGUGUUCCAACAUCCAUACCAAGAACAUGUUAGAGUUGGUCUCGAUAUAAUGGAGGUGUACCACAAGAGAACUGGAACUAAAAAAGGACUGAGUUUAUUGCAAGGAGAAGAAUGGUUAGCGUUACGACGGCCAGCCCAAGAAAAGAUGCUCAAACCUACAGUGGUUGCUGAUUAUGUUCCUAUGAUUGGAAAUGUGACUAAUGACUUUGUAAAACGUCUAAGACAACAAUAUACAGUGACAGAUUUACUGGAGGAACUCUUUAAAUACACCACAGAAAGCGUCGGAAUGUUGUGCUUUAAUAAGAGAUUGGGAUGCCUCGACAGCUCUCCAAAUACCAAGUUGAUCAAAGCGCUAGAGGACAUGUUAACAACAAUGCAACAAUCAUUUCUUCUUCCAUUUCCGACUUAUAAAUUCUUCAGAACUAAAAUGUACACAGAAUUUGAAAGAAGUCAACAGGUUUUUAAUGAGUAA